GCCAGUCGCAGAAUUCCCGGGAAGCGUCACUCCAUGAAUCCAAAACUCCGGGUGGUCCGGAGAGCUGGGACUUGAAGCAGAGCAGGGCCUGUCUAUCAUUUUGGGAUUCAUCGCAGAUGGCUAGUGGCAGGCUGCAAAAGAAGCCGAAGAGGCAAAGGAACCUAGCAAGGCCUGUGAACAAAGAUGCCAUUGCUGUGACUUGGAGCUACACUGCGCGAGACCAAACGUCGAUCUCCUUUGGAAGAAGAUGUCUACCCGUGGCGGUGGCGUCUAACUGUAGAUUGCAGAUUUAAGUAAGCAGUACGCAUAUGUGCAGUUCUUUCGGGGAAAGAAGAGCAUAUGCUGGGUGCAGUCAAAUCAACAUACGUUUCCAUGGGAAAUGGGACGUUGACAUCCAUCAUCCAUGAACGCAUGCUCUGCUUUGGGAUUGGUACGAGUUGAUUUUGCUGGAGCCAGUCGUUGAUCUGAUCCACUUGUACGUACGAGUUGAUUCCUUGCUAGGUACUAUGGUAUAUGGAAUCCUCGCAACUGAGACUGGCAGACCUGCGUACGGACUUUGUAGGAUAUUUGACACUUGAGGGUGUUGAUCACGAUCCUUUUGCGGCUCGGCUCUGACCUGGAGCACAAUAGCUGCCUCAAGUCUUCGCAUGGUGGUGGUGGUGGUAGCCAGUGAGAAAUGGCACUUGCUCCGGGCUGGUCUCCGUCUCUGCGCUCCCUGGUGUGGCUCAUGUCGCACAGAAAUCCACAUCUGAGCUCUUUCUCCUCUUCCGCCGCCGCGGCCGCCAUACAGCCGGCGGCUCCAGGAACUGCCAUUCCAGCUGUUCGUGCCGUUCAGCCUCCAGCCGCUCCAGAUUCGAGUUGUAGCCGGUCCGUUGCCCCGGAGCAAAAGGUUCUUCACCCACUUCCAUCCAGCACACCUAAAAUUCCAAUCCACAAGCCUUCUCGUCGUCCCACCAGCGAACAUCCUAAGAACAUGAUUCAUCCUAGUAGAGAACCUCAACUUGUAACCAACACGCCGCAGAUGCGCAGCCUCGAAAGCCCCACGCACCUGAUUCCUGGUGGUUCAUGCAGCGCACUUCAGUCUCUGACCGACAAGCGUUUGCCGGCAAAACGUGAUGAUUACAAAGAUCCCAAAAGCCCCAGGUUUAGCUCUUCCAGCCACUUCCCUGACCAGCCGACUCCUGAACCUAUCGGCGAGUCUUUGACGCCCACCCUGCAAGAUCCUCCACACUCGGUCCCUGGUGAAUCGUGCAGCACACUUCAACCUGUAACCUGCAAGCCUUCGCUGAAAGCAGAUCCCGAUCACGAAGCCGGCGGCGAAAAUUCUGAUGUUCAAGUUCCCAGAAUUCCAAAGAUUAGCCCUAUCCCCAAGGAUAGCACUUUCCAUGAUCCGCCGCACCCACCUGCUGACCCAUAGUUCCCCAAGGACAAGGGCGAGGUGCGACAACCAUGUAAUCUCACUACUGUCAUACUGUGAGUGAUAUUUGUAAUGUUCAUAUCAACUUUAUCAAAUUACAAAUAAAGGUGUGCGUUAGAUUUUUGGGUUCAAA